CUAACCGUUUGGACCCAGCCAGCUCAUGAGCUCACAUGCCUAGGCGUGAGGCGUAUCGUCUUCGACCCUUCGCCUUCCUCGUCCCUUUCUCUCUCCCAGAUUCUGACUCCGUCGGGCUCCCCCGUGUCUGUGUCUUGGUAAACAUCGGUCUCUCCCCAUCCCACCUGGCAGUUGCCAUCUCGCAAAGUCGCAAUAACUUGUCUUCUCGAAUCGGCUGCAACCCCACCCCAGACCCCACCGCCGCCGCCGCUAGGGUUUUGGGGUGAGGAUCGCCGAUGUCGACGGCUCCCAGGCGUCCCUUCCGAGGCCGCGGCGCCAUGCCCUCGGGCACCGGCUACGUCCGCCGCGGCCCCGCCCCAGGCUCCGCCGACGCCGCCAAGCCCCUGCGCAAGCCCGUCUUCACCACCGUCGACCAGCUUCGCCCCCAGACACACGGUCACACUCUCACAGCCCGCGUCAUUGCCGUCCGCACCGUCCUCGACAAGCCCUCCACGCACCUCGGCCGCACCCGCGUCGCCGAGUGCCUCGUCGGAGACAGCACCGGCACCGUCCUCGUCACCGCCCGCAACGAACAGGUUGACCUUUUGAAGCCAGAUACAACAGUGAUCUUCCGCAAUGCCAAGAUUGAUAUGUUCAAGGGCACCAUGAGACUGGCGGUGGACAAGUGGGGCCGGAUUGAGGUGACUGAUUCUUCUGUUUUCAAGGUGAAUGAAGACAACAACAUGUCACUGGUGGAGUACGAGCUGGUGGAUGUGGAUGAAGAGGAGUGAGCUGAAGCGAUAUUGCAUUGCCAUCUGUUGGGCCAAGUCGUGCUGCGGAUAUGUAUUUCCAGCUAAAGGAGGGCGGUAGCGUUUAGGCUUCUAUCUAGUUAUUUAUUAUUAUUAUUAUCCUGGAAGGCUGGCGAUUGGGACGGUUAGUUUUAAGACCAUCCUAAAGAAGCACGUCAAAUUAUGUACAUCAGCAUUAGGUGUUCUGUCUGACUGAUGCUUUCUGUUCCGCGACGCCGAAGUCUAUCCUAAUGCUACUACUUUUUUCCCUCUCA